AUGUUCGAUCCUCUUUUGUACGAGGCUAAUAUUACUCCAAGAGAUAUUAUAGAAACAAGUACUUUUAAAAAAGAAAUGUUUGAUGAUGAAGAUGAUUGGCUAGGAGCCAAUCUACGAAUGCCAGAAGAAGAAACAACCAAAGUAUCUUGCGCAGGUUACGAUUUUAACGAAACUUAUUGUAAAACUAUCAACGAUAGAAUUGUUUGUGGAUAUGAUAAAAACAUAGGAGAGGUUAAAGAAGAAACAAUAGAUUUAGGCAAUGGAUGUCGUAUUCGUAACGAUAGAUUGGAGUGUGGUUAUUUAAUGGGACCAUUUGAUAAUCCAAGACGUCCUCCAGCUGGUAAUGAUGGUCCUAAUUACCUUAUUCCUAUGUUAAUACCGACUACAGCACCAGCUUCGCUCACUAAUAAAGAAACUGAUUUUUCAAUAUCCACACAAACACAUUUAUCAUCGAACACAAAGACUCCUGAUAAAAUUUUACAAAGCUUAACAAGAAGUGGAAAAACCUUAAGUCAAAAUUACUCAAUAUUAAAAACUACUUUGAAAACUCCUCCAUAUACGACUACACCACCCGCACCCUUAAAGUCGUCAAGUAAAAAAUCUAAUGCUGAUUCCAGAAAACAUUGUGUUGAAAAAUUAGACAAUAUAUUUUGUUAUUAUAUUAAACGAUCC